AGAAGGACCAAGACGGACAAGCUGCGGGUGACAGUAGAAGCUUCAAGCGAAGCAAAGAAAAAGGGAGCUCACCAGCUGGAUGCGGACCUCAGAACCCGGCCAGAGGACCAGAACUUUUGCAAGCAACACUGCACUGCGAGCAGCCCUUCUUAUCCCUUGAGCACCCACCCAGCACCCAGCUUUGCCUUUCCCGCCGCACGUAUGUUAGUGGGAGUUGCUAGCAGCAGCAGGUGCAGAAAGGCGGGCUGUCUUGCCUUCUGGAACUGUGUGGCGUGCAGCUGCUUUAACGCAAACAAGAGCCUAGCUUGAAAGUGGAGGAAUGUAGAGCGACCAGGCAAAGAGCCUACACAGGAGAAGCAUUGCUCUUGUGAGCAAGUCUCCUGCUAACCAGGACUGAGUUCUGCCCAGGAAACUUCCCACUUCCUGUGUGGCAGAACCUCAAGCCUCAGGCAUCUGCAACAAGGUCCUGCGGCAAGGAGGUGUGUGUGUGUGUGUGUGUGUGUGUGUGUGUGUGUGUGUGUGUGUGUGUACCUCUGUGUGUGUUUGUGAUUGCCCCAAAAUGGAUAACGUCCUUCCUAUGGACUCUGAUCUCUUCCCCAACAUCUCCACCAACACCUCUGAGUCUAACCAGUUCGUGCAGCCUACCUGGCAAAUCGUUCUUUGGGCGGCUGCCUACACGGUCAUCGUGGUGACUUCCGUGGUGGGCAACGUAGUGGUGAUAUGGAUCAUUUUGGCCCACAAGAGAAUGAGGACAGUGACCAAUUAUUUCCUGGUGAACCUGGCCUUCGCUGAGGCCUGCAUGGCUGCAUUCAAUACGGUGGUGAACUUCACCUACGCAGUCCACAAUGUGUGGUACUACGGCCUCUUCUAUUGCAAGUUUCACAACUUCUUCCCCAUCGCUGCUCUCUUCGCCAGUAUCUACUCCAUGACAGCCGUGGCCUUCGACAGAUACAUGGCCAUCAUCCACCCUCUCCAGCCCCGGCUCUCAGCCACGGCUACCAAAGUGGUCAUCUUUGUCAUCUGGGUCCUGGCUCUCCUGCUGGCCUUUCCACAAGGCUACUACUCCACCACAGAGACCAUGCCCAGCAGAGUCGUGUGCAUGAUCGAGUGGCCGGAGCAUCCCAACAGGACUUAUGAGAAAGCGUACCACAUCUGCGUGACUGUACUGAUCUACUUCCUGCCUCUACUGGUGAUCGGCUACGCGUACACUGUGGUGGGGAUUACACUGUGGGCCAGUGAGAUCCCCGGCGACUCCUCUGACCGCUACCAUGAGCAAGUCUCUGCCAAACGCAAGGUGGUCAAAAUGAUGAUCGUGGUUGUGUGUACCUUCGCCAUCUGCUGGCUGCCCUUCCACGUCUUCUUCCUCCUGCCCUACAUCAACCCAGAUCUCUACCUGAAGAAGUUCAUCCAGCAGGUCUACCUGGCCAGCAUGUGGCUGGCCAUGAGUUCUACCAUGUACAACCCCAUCAUCUACUGUUGCCUCAACGACAGGUUCCGUCUGGGCUUCAAGCACGCCUUCCGCUGCUGCCCCUUCAUCAGUGCAGGUGAUUAUGAGGGGCUGGAAAUGAAAUCCACCCGAUACCUCCAGACACAGAGCAGCGUGUACAAGGUCAGCCGCCUGGAGACCACCAUCUCCACUGUGGUGGGAGCCCAUGAAGAGGAGCCCGAGGAAGGCCCCAAGGCCACACCCUCAUCCUUGGAUCUCACCUCCAACGGCUCCUCUCGCAGCAACUCCAAGACCAUGACAGAAAGCUCCAGCUUCUACUCUAACAUGCUGGCCUAGGCAUAUUCAAGGCAUGGCCUCUAGCCCAUCUUGUGUUGCUUAUUCAUGGAAGCCUCUGAUUUGGACUUUGUUGGAAAUACCCUAGCACUGGGGCCUUUGGAGAAGGGUCACAAUGGUUUAAGGAAAACGUUUCAUGCUGUAUGCAAUCUGGAUUCCUUCCUGUCUUUGUCAACCAUCCUCCAUGCUGGUGACCCAAGGCAGACUAGUAAACUUCUAUAAAGUGAGAAGGCUAUCCUUGCUUUCCCCUGCAGCCAUCCCACGAUUCCUGAAAUGACUUCAUCUGCAUGCAAGGUGCUUAUCUGGGGAGGAAUUCUGCAAGGCACCUGACCUAUUUGUCUGGAGCGUCUGUCUUUCUUCAGCGAAGUCAGUCUCAGCCAUGCGUGGACUAGCUCACACCACUCCAGCCUUCCACAGGACAGUGUGAGCGAAAGAAGGUGCCACCUAAACUGUAAUGAAAGCUGUACCCCAACCUAAGCACACAUGAAGAGAGGACACCUGCCAUUGUGACACGCCGAUGUUUCAGUCCAUUCAAACAUCACGGGCUUGACAAUACUGGAUUCUUCUGCAUUGUGUCCGCAGUGCAACCAACACGGACUGAAUACGUCUACACAGGCCAGCUGAUGUUCUAACCAAGAGUCAGGAGAUCCCUGCCAGGCUAUCUGAGCUUCUUUUCCUUCUUUGCAAAACAUCAGAACUGAACCAAAUACUCUUAAGUGUUCCUUUGAAUCUCAGUGUUCCCUGGUUUAAUGGUGUAUAUAGUUCAUUUUCCGUCUCCCUCUCCCUCUCCCUCUCCCUCUCCCUCUCCCUCUCCCUCUCCCUCUCCCUCUCCCUCUCCCUCUCUCUCUCUCUCUCUCUCUCUCUCUCUCUCUCUCUCUCUCUCUCUCUCUCACACACACACACACACACACACACUUAAAAAAAAGCAAUGGCAGCCUCAAAAAUACCAGGGGUGUCAAUACUUAGAGAUGGGUGUGUAUAAAUAUCCCCCCAUUGAUCCAAAAUCCCUGCUUCAAAAAUUCCUUCUCCAGGAAGUUUCUCCUCUUUGACAGAGCAGAGAACUUCACAGGAAAACUUGAUGUCUCCAGCAGGCUGCAUCCCGGCUCUGAGAGCAGCACUGAGGAGGACAAGUGUGUGGACUUCCUGCUCUGGCUGUUCGCGUCUUUGUGCAUGUUCUUCACUUUUUGCUACACACAGUGGAGAGUAGGGAGGCUGUCCUCCUGGAAAGAGGAGCCUUGUGUCUUCUCUUCAGACUCUGAACCUUGCCCUCCUGCUCCGCUUUGCCGAUCUCCGUCUAUAAGAAGUUAAAGGAUCCACCAAUCCGAAAGGACAUUUAGUCUAACAAGAGCCAAGAACUGAAACUUUGCAUCCUGAGAUGGCUUCAGGACCCCUGGCAGGUGAGAAUGCUGUUCCUUUCCGUCUCAGAUGUGACUGGAAGCGAAAGCUUCAUGUGACAUCCGUGAACAUCCUCAUGGUUCAGAUAAUUGGAUGCACAAAAGCUCUAUUCAUCGUGUCAGAAAAAACAAGGCCACCCACCACCAGGAUUUAUAACUUCUGCCAGCCUUGUUGAAUCAAACAUUUUGAGGACAUCGGCAUACCUGGAGAAGGCAAGAUUUAUACAGAAGUAAUAUAAACCAG